GGCCGGAGGAAGAUGCUGCAGACCAGCAGCUACAGCCUGGUGCUGUCCCUGCAGUUCCUGCUACUGUCCUAUGACCUGUUCGUCAACUCCUUCUCGGAGCUGCUCCGCACGGCCCCUGUCAUCCAGCUGGUGCUCUUCAUCAUCCAGGACGUGGCCAUCCUCUUCAACAUCAUCAUCAUUUGCCUCAUGUUCUUCAACACCUUCGUCUUCCAGGCCGGCCUGGUCAGCCUCCUGUUCCAUAAGUUCAAAGGGACCAUCAUCCUGACCGUGGUCUACCUCGCCCUCAGCAUCUCCCUCCAUGUCUGGGUCAUGAACUUGCGCUGGAAGAACUCCCAACGCUUCGUCUGGACAGAUGGACUACAGACGCUGUUUGUCUUCCAAAGACUAGCGGCCGUGUUGUACUGCUACUUCUACAAGCGCGCGGCCGUACGGCUGGGAGACCCGCGCUUCUACCAGGACUCGCUGUGGCUGCGCAAGGCCUUCCUGCAGGUCCGAAGGUGACCACCACCCC